AGAUGAUGUUCGGGAUCCGGACGCUUCUCAUUGGAGCAUAAAUAAUGUGUGGAGUUUCGUAUAAAACCUGACAAGGCGAUUCAUUCUGCCUCACUCCGUACCAAAUAGCCACGGAGGUCUAGUGAAGUGAAAUAGUAGGUGGGAACACCUUUGAAACAUCUGCAGAAAUGGCCGGGGAAGUACUACCAUGGCUGAACAUCGAUUACACCAAGAGGAUAAUGCGACUAGCAGAGAAAGACAAUACCUUGCAGGUGACAAAUAUAUUUACCAAAGCGGCCACGGACAAGGGCGACAACUAUUGCAGCGACAUGAUCAGGGUGACGGUGGAGUUCACCCGCAAUAAAGGGGACAAAAUGGUGACCGAGAAGAAGUCGAUGAUUCUAAAACUUGAACCACUUGAAGAAGGUGCCCGACGAGAUCUGAUCAGGAAAGUUGAAGUCUUCGACACGGAGAUCUCAGCCCUAACCGACGCCGUGAAGAAAAUGAAUCAAAUGUUGGAACCUGAGGAACGUCUCUGCGCGAAUGUUUAUCACGUACGAAUGGAACCACCGUUGUGUUUGAUCUUGGAGGAUCUUUCUGUUCUUGGUUUUCGUAUGGCCGAUCGUCAACUUGGUCUCGACAUGGAUCACGCGUUAAUGGCUCUUAGAGGAAUGGCUAGGUUUCACGCUGCGUCGGUCGCUUUGUGCGAAAAGGAACCAAAAUACAAGGAGCAGUACAGAAGAGGAAUGUACAAUAUAGACUAUCCAGAGGUGAUGCACGCUUUCAUAUCCGGCUGUGUGACAUCGAUGGCGGAUGAAGUGGAGAAUUGGCCCGAAUUUGGAAAACCCUAUUCGGAUAAACUCAGGGCAUUUGCACUUAAUUCAUAUCGAACAGGCGCUGAAGCUACAGCACGUAAAGACAACGAGUUCAACGUGAUCAAUCAUGGGGAUUGUUGGGUGAACAACAUGUUGUUCCGGUAUGAUGACAAUGGAAAUCCCAUUCAGCAGAUUUUCGUAGACUUUCAGGUAUGUUUAUACAGUUCACCUGCGGUUGAUCUACAUUACUUUAUGGCUACCAGCUUAAACGAAGAAGUCUAUGAACAUAGGAGAGGCUUGUUGCUCGAGGAGUACUUGAAAACGUUGACAAGUGUCAUGAAGAAACUUGGUUGUAAAACAUCACCGCCCACCAUGGACGAAUUGCAGAGAACUCUGAAAGAACGACAGGUGUACGAAUUGUUAUCUUCAACCCUUACCUUGCCGAUGAUACUGUUAGACAAGGAUAACGUAGGGGAUUUCAAUGAACUAUUCCAAUCGCAAUUCAAAGAUAACCCUGGUAUGAAGUCAAAAGCCUUUCGAAAGGUGAUGAGCAAAAGGUUGCCAAGAUACAUGGAAAUGGGAUUACUCGAAAUGGCUGGAGAAGUACUACCAUGGCUAAACAUCGACUACACCAAGAGGAUAAUGCGACUAGCAGAGAAAGACAAUACCUUGCAGGUGACCAAUAUAUUUACCAAAGCGGCCACGGCCAAGGGCGACAAUUAUUCCAGCGACAUGAUGAGGGUGACGGUGGAGUUCACCCGUAAUAAAGGGGACAAACUGGUGACCGAGAAUAAGUCGAUGAUACUCAAACUUGAACCACUCGAAGAAGGUGCUCGACGAGAUCUGAUCAGUAAAAUUGGAGUCUUCGACACGGAGAUCUCUGCCCUAACCGAUGCCGUGAAGAAAAUGAAUCACAUGUUGGGACCUGAGGAACGUCUCUGCGCGAAAGUUUAUCACGUACGAAUGGAACCACCGUUGUGUUUGAUCCUGGAGGAUCUUUCUGUUCUUGGUUUUCGUAUGGCCGAUCGUCAACUUGGUCUCGACAUGGAUCACGCGUUAAUGACUAUUAGAGGAAUAGCUAGAUUUCAUGCUGCGUCGGUCGCUUUGUGCGAAAAGGAACCGAAAUACAAAGAGCAGUAUAGAAAAGGAAUGAUCAGUAUGGAGUAUCCAGAGGAGAUGCACACUUACAUACCCGGCACUAUGGCAGGGAUGGCGGAUGAAGUGGAGAAGUGGCCAGAAUGUGGAAAAGCCUGUGCGGAUAAACUUAGGGCGUUUGCACCUAAUUCAUAUCGAAAAGGCGGCGAAGCUACAGCACGUAAGGACAACGAGUUCAACGUGAUUAAUCAUGGGGAUUGUUGGGUGAACAACAUGUUGUUCCGGUAUGAUGACAAUGGAAAACCCAUUCAGCAUAUUUUCGUAGACUUUCAGCUAUGUUUAUACAGUUCACCUGCGGUUGAUCUACAUUACUUUAUGGCUACCAGCUUAAGCGAAGAAGUUUAUAAACAUAAGAGAGGCUUGUUGCUCGAGGAGUACUUGAAAGCGUUGACAAGUGUCAUGAAGAAACUUGGUUGUAAAACAUCACCGCCUACCAUGGACGAAUUGCAGAGGAUUCUGAAAGAACGAGAGACGUACGAAUUGAUAGCUUCGGUCCUUGUCUUGCCAAUAAUACUGUUAGACAAGGAUAACGCAGUGGAUAUCAAUGAACUAUUGCAAUCGGAUUUCAAAGAAAACCGUGGUCUCAAGUCAAAAGCCUUCCGGAAGGUCAUGAGCAAAAGAUUGCCAAGAUACAUGGAAAUGGGAUUAUUCGACCAAUGAGCCUUUUAAUAUCUUUUAACACGCUCGCUGUUGUGUCGCAAUUAAACGUUGCCGAUGGAUCACGCGAUAUCGAUUGAGCAGCAGUGGGCGUGUUAAAGAAAGGUUUUCUGGAAUCGAAUUCAAUGAGAAGCGAUGUUAAUUACGUACUCAAGUUUACGUGGGUAGCGGCUGUGUUGAAUUGUGAUCGAUUUAUUGUAACAGUAAGAUACAUUGUAAUUUGUUCUUUAUCGUGUUUCCUUGAAGCCGAAUGGUUUUACCAAAGUCCAAAUGAUUUUGUAAAUCACUUAGACUUAACAAUGACGAGAAAGGCUUUAGAAGGUACACAGUUAGAUUAAUUUUUUAUGUAAGUCCACAAGUCCAUAGUACAAACUGAACGAUAAAGUAAUGUCACCGAACAUGCAUAAUUAACAAAGUAUUAUUUUAGAUGUAAAUAAAAUAUUUUUGUUGUUAAUCGUGCUACUAUUUUGGAAGUACACGAACAUUGUUAUACGUUGCACAAUGAAAAUGAAAUAAAAAAAUUGAAGAUGAAUGAAAAUAA